AUGAAUCCGACGACCCACACAACCGCUCCUGACUGCGAGUCCUCACAAUUCAUUUUACCUGACCUUAUCAAUGAUUGCCACUAUCCCUUGCAUAAGAACCCUCACUGUGAUGCGGUGUCCCGCGCAUCUGAUCAAUGGUUUACUGACGUAGCGCAACUUGUAGAGUCCGAGCUCAGGAAGUAUCUUGAUGUGGACUUAGGCGCAUAUGCUUCCGUUUGCUGGCCUAAUGCAGAUGCUUUCCAUCUCCGAGUCUGCGCCGAUUUCUUCAACUGGAUAGCCAUUAUAGACGACUGGAUGGAGUAUGGUGUCGUCGAUGCACGGGAAGCGCAUGAAUCCUGUCUUCUUGCACUCCGCGAUCCCGUCAAUUUUGACACGGAACAGCUUGGUGGAAAGAUGUGCAAAUCGUUUUUUAGCCGCUUCAGGGAGACUGCUGGUCCCGGCUGCACAGAGCGGUUUAUCCAAGGAAGCGAAUUGUACUUCGCUGCUGUGGCUAAGCAGCUGGACGACCGUGCCAAAGGAAAUAUGUAUGAACUGCAAUAUUACAUCGCCGUGAGGCGAGAGAUAGGCGCAAUGAAGCUCUGCUUUGCCCUCAUCGAAUUCGCAGCUCGAAUUGAUCUUCCCGACGAAGUUCUGUCGCAUCCAGUUGUCAAGGCCUUGGAGAACGCGACCAACGAUUAUGCUACUUGGGUUAACGAUAUUAUCUCUUACAACAAGGAGCAAUCUCACGGUGGCGCACCCUGGGAAAACAUAGUUUCCGUGCUCAUGCACGAUCGAGGACUAGACCUGCAAGGUGCCAUCGACUAUGCUGGCCAGAUGUGCAAAGAUGCUAUACAGCGUUUUGAAACUAACCGUGUCAUCCUCCCCUCAUGGGAUGAAGAGGUUGACAGGCAGGUGGCUAUCUAUGUCGAAGGGAUGCAGGACUGGAUGGUCGGCUCACUUCACUGGCAAUUGGGUUCCAUCCGGUAUUCUGGCAAGGAUGGACGUGCUGCGAAGCAGGACCGAAUCGUCAAGCUGCUUCCCAAAGAGCCUUUGUAG